CUCAUUCUCACUCGGGCCAUUACUACACUACUAUGAGGCUGCGCAAAGCCAUGAUCUCCCUUUCCGCUUCGGGGCGUCGUCCAUCUCAAUCUGCAGUAAUUUUUUACUUUUUCUGCUUUGCCCUCAUAGUAUUCGUCGCUUGUCUCAUUAUUGCUAUCUUUUUUCUUUUGUCUUUUCUUUUGACCAUCUGGAGACCGUACUUCAAUUUUUCCUUUUCCUUAGUCGUCCUUCUCUCUUCUCCGAGUUGUAGUAUUAGUAUAUACGUCGUAGUAGCAGGAGGUGGAUAGGUAUAGAUACACUACCUGCACCUGCCUGACCAGCUCACUACUAUCUAGUAGGCGAUAGUAGUGAGAUGUGUUUUAACGACUCUACGCUUCGUCGUCUCUAAUUAGUGCUAACUUCACCUUAUUAUUGAUUGAUCGAUUGGGCUCGAGAUUAGUAGACUGUUUCCAAC